GAAUGUGCUGCUGCAGACCUCAGAAGCCAUUUUGAGAUGAAGUCCCUGUUGAGAAAGCCUAUGAAGAUGCUGAAAUCAACGAACAUGGUUACAUUUCUGUCUGUUUCUCCCUCCGUCUCCUCUAUUUCACCAUGGCAGCUGUCAACCGACGGGACAUUAGCAAAGCGGGGUAUCAAGCUGCGGUCACAGAGUUAAAACGUCAUUGAUAUGAAAGAGGAGAUUGUCUGUUUACUGUCUCUGUCGAGACAUGUAACACCGUGAGUCUUUUCCAGUCUGAAAUCUUCCAGCAUCUCUCACAACACAACGUCUCCUCGAGUGACUGUGUUAAUUCACUCUUGUACCGGAGAGAAGGGAGGCAGAUCCGUUUUCCAAUGGCUUCUGUGAGCCUUGUUUCCAGUCCCCCAGCCCCUGUUCUUGACAAAAACAUGACAGACUCUGAGCUUGCAGGGGAUGAAAGGGAGGAUGGUGAACUGGAGGAUGGAGAAAUAGACGAUGAAGGGAUUGGGAUUGAAGAGGAAAACAAAGAGGCUCCAGAGGUGAAUGACGAUAAGGAAAAAGAAAAGGAAAAAGAGAAGACUAAAGAGAAAGAAGAAAAGACUCACAGGCACUCGAGGAAAAGAUACAAAAAGACCAGAGAGAAGAGGAGGUCAAAAAGGAGGAGGCGAGACAGACAGAAACACCACUCCCCCUCCAGCAGCUCCAGCUCUGACAGCUAUGACUCCGAUUAUGACCGCUCAGAAAGGCCAAAAAACCGGAAGAGCCAGGGAUCGAACCGUGAGUCUGACAGUCAGUCUUCUCAGCAUGGACGGGAUUCAAAGAGAGGACAUAGCAAGUCACCGCCACACAAGAGCAGUGAUUAUGACAAAUACAGCGACUACAGUGAUGACAAGUAUGACUACGAUGAUGAGGAGGAUGAUUACGAUGAUGAUAUGUCCGAGUAUCCAAUGUCCAAAGAUUCCCAGAGUCAGGGAAAGGGACGCCAUGGGAGAGACCAUAUGAAGAGAGGGAGCAUGAGGGGGAUGAAACAGCAAUACGGGCAGAGAGGGCGGGGCAGAGGGAGCGGACCAGGAAGAGGACGAGGGAUGCUCAACAAGAACAAGAAAAUGAAGGGGAAACCCUGGGGAGGUCGAGGAAGAGGCAGAGGAGGAGAUCAGGGGUCAGAGGACAUGCCACCUGAAGGCAAAAAUUCCUCUGGUUUCCAAAAGAAGCGUCCAAUCAUGAGCAAGGAGUUCAUCAACCAGCACACCGUUGAACACAAUGGUAGAUACAUCUGCAAGUAUUUCCUGGAGGGACGAUGCAUCAAGGGGGAGCAGUGCAAAUUUGAACAUGAGCUUGUCGUCCCAGAUAAGAAAAAGGAGUUGUGUAAAUUUUACCUCCAAGGAUACUGCAGUAAAGGAGAUAAUUGCAUUUAUAUGCACAAUGAAUACCCAUGCAAGUUUUUUCAUACUGGGGCCAAAUGUUAUCAAGGGGACAACUGCAAGUUUUCUCAUGAAGAGCUGAAUGAUGUGACCAAAGAGCUGCUUGAUAAGAUAAUCAACACAGAAGAGGAGAAUGCCCGUGAGGACGAGCUGGAGCUGGAGGAUCUGAGAAAGCAGGGUAUUGCCCCACUCCCAAAGCCUCCUCCUGGGGUGGGUUUGCUGCCAACUCCUGGUCAGAGCAGUCCUACAGAUGGAGCCUCUGGCCAGGGUGGGAAGAAGAUCCCAUCUCUGUUUGAAAUUAAAGUUCAACCUACUGUAGACCUGGCGCAAAAAAUUGGUCUGAGUGGAUCCAACUUCUCCCAGAAUCAAGGCGAGGGCACCGAUGAGUUCAGUGGAGGCUCAGAGGAAACACAGAGUGUGGCUACAAGCACCUUUGCUCCCUCUAAUCCACCUACUGGAUCACCUGGUUCAAUGGGUCACCCUGGAGGACCGCCCAUACCUCAGAGUCCUCCAGGACAGCACCCACCACAUAGUUUUCAGAUGCAGCCACCAGUAGCCCCUGGUCAGCCCCCACCCUUCAGACCUAACAUGCAGAGACCUCCGUUCCCUCCUCCAGACCUACAGAUGCUGCAGGGUCUCUUCCCUUUUCCAUCGAUGGGCCAGAACCCGGCAGACAUCUUCGGCAGCUUUCUCCAAAACCAGGCUAUGAGUCAACAAGGAGACCCUACUGUGGCCUUCAUUCAGAACCUCCAGCAGCAGAUGGGUGCAGAUUCACAGUUGCAGUCUUUACCACCAGCAGUGCAAAAAGCCAUCUUUUUACACCUGACGCAGCAGCGGCAACAGCAACAAGAGUCUAAUCCACAGGGAACUGAAGCACUGAGAGCAGAGGGCCAGGAUGAUAACAAUACAAACAGAGAUGAAACGACAAACUGGUACUCAAGCGAUGAUGAAGAUGGUAGCUGUGUUUCCUCCAUCCUUAAAUCUCUGAAGAAGCAGAAUGAGAUGCAUCAGUCUCAAUCAAAGCUCCCUCAAGCUACUUCACUGGCUCCAGCUCUGGGCGACCCUCGACUUGUGAAGGAGAGGGGCCCCCCUAGUGACCCCAGAGUAAAGUUGGACCCUCGACAGCGCAUCCCAGAUAUGAAAAAGGAUUCAGAAGGAGCUGUGGACCCUCGGCUUUCCAGAGACCCCAGGAAGAUGAGACCGAUGGAACCAAGUUCCUAUCGGCAGCCGGUUCCUCAAAAGCCUCCCGCAGGAGACGAUGACGAGGAGGGAGAGAGGGAGCUUAGAGACAAAGCUGUCCUUAUCCCUCUUGAUGCCGGCCCUGGUGUGGUGCUACGGGACCCUCGGUGCCAGUUAAAGCAGUUCAGUCACAUCCGAGUGGACAUUCUACUACAGCGGCCGGCCUUUGCUCAGACAGUAAUCUGGGCUCCUGAAGAUCUCAUCCCCUCCUUGGUGCCCAAACAGGAGCACUCCAUCAAUCUGCCUCUGCCUCCUCUGAUCGCUGAUGCUCAGAUGAACCGAACAAGCCUACCUGACCAUCCUCACGUCUCCAGCCCUCCGCCCUCAGACCCCAGACUGGCUGCUGCACGUUUGAAGGAACGCAUGAGCAGAUUAUCUUCAGGAUCUCUUAAGUCCAGGUUAUCCUCUGAAAGGCCUGCAGAUCCACGCCAACAGAAGAACCUGGAUCCUAGACUUAAGCGUACAACAAGCCUGGAUUCAAAGAUUCUUGGUCAGAAAGAGCACAGUGCUGUUGGGGGAGUUGUAGACCCCAGGCUACAGAAAGCUAAUGCUGCUCGAGCCAAACCAGAGCCUGAGAGGCUGCCACCAUACGCCCCACGUCUGUCAUCCUCAGGUGGCGGUCUGGAGAGUCCGACUACCAUCCUUGGAGGCAUCAGUUUGUAUGAUCCUCGUUCUCAAAGUGAGCAGCAGAAGGAGCAGGCAGAGCCUCCUAAAAAGCCAGGGAUUCUUAAACAUCCGGAAAAGAAAGACAAUAUCCCCCCACAGUCCCUCUCACCCACACAACGAAGUGACUCUUUGGAGGACACAAAAAGCACAGAAGCUCCUUCAGAUCAGCCUCACCCAUCUAGUUCUCCACCCCUGCCCCCGUCCUCACCCGUCAAACCUCCUGCGGUUCAUAAUCUCCCCAUUCAAGCUUUAGCUGGGCUGAUCCGACCCCAGUACACUGACCCCAGGCAGGCCAAACAAGGAGGACAGGGCGCUGCAGGAGCACAGGAAGAGAUGGAGGACAAAGAGGAAAAAAGAGAGCAGGGUGAGGAGGAGAAGAUAGCCAUGGAGGAAGAGAAACAGGGCGAUUCAAAGGAGGAAGAGGGUGAUGACCGGACUCUUAAGGACGUCUUCAAGACUUUUGAUCCCACUGCUUCUCCUUUCUGUCAAUAAACACUUUUAAUCUAGCUUUACAUCACCUAUUUAUUUCUGUAUAUAAAUGAUCCUGUAUAGAAUCACAUUAUGUGAUGCACCACACACUUGUCGGUAUAAUACAGUGUAAAAAAACCUUUUGACAUAAUCAUAUUAAUGCUGAAAAGUGUGUUUUGACAGUGUGUGUAUGUUCAGAGCUUUUAUCAUUGUGUUAUUUUAAUGUUUUUUGAACAAUCAGAAAAAAUUUGCUUGUACAGACAAACCCAGGGGGAAAAACCCUAGUAACAAGCCACCAUUACUGUAGUGGCAUCUCACUUUAACAUUGAUGUAUUUGAAUGAAAGUGAUUUAGAGAAACUUAUUUUUUUGUCACAUAAGGAGGAGUUGUGGAGUUCUCAGCUGCUCUGAUAGUAAAAAAAAUCAAACUUUGGAAAAAAACAAGAGCACAUUACACAAAGACAGUCUGGAUGCAGAUUGUUAACCUCUGAUGGCUACUGUCACAGACUGUUCACCUGAGACACUGUAUAUCUCAGAAAGAAAAUGGCCAAGCCACCAUUCAUGUAACUCCUUCUAAAAUUUUGAUCUAUACAUAAUUUAAUCCCAGAAUAGACCACUGACCUGAAAAAAUGCUUAGUCUGUAAUGUUUGCAAUCUCAUGAAUGUAACUAAUGGACUUUGUUAAUGAAGUUGAAUUUAAAAAAAAUCUAAAAUUGAAAAUACACUGUACUUGCAAAUUACAGUCCUUCCUUUCUGAUGGAUACGGCGUCUAAAGGGAACAGUCUACAGCCAGACCCCUCUCAAUACACAAUACACCUUUACUUCAUGCAGAGUACCCCUGUAUGAGAGAUGACACUUUACACAGAAUCACUGAGCACACAGAUUUGUAUAAACAUUUUCUUCCACAAAAAUGUACCUUGUAAUCCUGAGAUUGUGAUGUCACCUACUCAGAAAAGAGCAAAUUUUUAUUUUUAUGUGAAUGCAAUCUGUGACCUCUAAAUGCAAUUGUCAAAUUAAGAAUACUAGCAAGUAGAUAAACAUUACAUUAUACAGCUCUUUAUCACAAAUAUGUGGCAGUUAAGUUCUUUCUUCUCUAUUUGUGAACCUAGCCAUAUGUUCAGGUAAUCUGCUGAAAGUACCUUUAUCUGUAUCGGUCUCAAUUUGAGCCAUCUCCUCUGCUGUCACAGUCAGCAGACAGCAGUAGAUACUGCAGUUGCCACCACAGUAAUGGUGGCCACCAGUGGUGGCGGCACCCUCAAAUUAGCUGUAGAAUUCAUCUGUAGAUUUCAUUAAGCAAUGAACAGUGUUGUUUACUGCAUUCUUGGUUGACUUCAGCUAUCACACCCUGUAGAAUAGAUCUUUUUUCCACCCGACACGCUGAGAGGUGAUACAGAUUAAUCGAUCAAGCAAGAGUUACUUAGAGAAUUUUGUAAUUAUUUAUUUUAAAAUACUUUUUUUAAAUGUAUCUUGAGAUUUUUACUUGUUUGUCGCUUUUAUGAUAAGGGAAUUUUAACAAAAGGCCACGUUUUAAUUUUUCUGUGAACACUGAGAUUUAAGAUUUUUACUUCAUGUCCUGAUAUGAAUUUGAGAUUUCUUAAUCUGUAAAAUGAUCAUGAACACAGCAAAAUUUUUCCCACAAUUUCUUUGCCUGAAAUUCUUAUGAAUUGGUAAACUAACUGCCAUUCAUUUUGGCAGCAAGUUUUUAAGGUUCUUUACAUUUAAAGGCAGCUUAGAGAAAUGAUUGUAUUGUUUUGUGUGAAUUUGGGAAAAAGUAUAUAUUUUAAAAAACCUAUCAAAUGUUGAAAUGGUGUUUUCUUUGUUUGACUUUUUCCUUUCUGAAGUGGCCUAAAGUCUUUGUGUUUCUGUUGUUGACCUUUUUGAAUUGCUUACACAGCUGUAAAGACAAUUAAAUGAGUAGAUAAAUAAAAAUUACUUUAUGGGAUUUUACAUUUCCAUUCCUCAAAAAACUCACUGCUAACAAGCUUGUAAAUGUCCAGUCAGUUGUGUUUCACUUUUUUCGAGCAGUUAACCAAGAAAGAAGGAUGAAAGUGUAUCAUAUAGAGAAAAAUCCUAUCUUGGGUACAUUGCAGAUAUAAAUGAUACAUAUAUGACCGUUAUGCCUAUUUUUAUUUUAAACUUUGUUUAAUUUGACUGUAAAUAAAUUUAUAUUGGUUAAAGUGUCCCUCACUGGGUAAAGUUGACUUCAUGGCAGUUUGCAUUGUUUGACAGUUGUGUAUCUAUCUUUGUUUGACCGGAACUAAGCUAUCUGUAUGUACUUUUUUUAUUGUUCUCAAAAUUCACAUUGUAAAUGCCUAUUUUGUAUCACCUGUACAGUCUAUUUUUGAGUGUUUUAAUGCAUACUAUUUUAUUUUUCCCUGUCCGUAUGGUGAUUAUGAUACUGUAAGACAUUUUAACAACACAUAUGCCUGUCACAUUUCAGUGAUUUUAUUAUGGAUAUCUGAAAUAAACAGAAAAAAAUGA